GGAAGCUCAACUGAUGUCAGGCUGCACACAACAUUGAAUGCCACACAUUGGAUGUGCAUGCCGCUAGGUACUCGAGGAAGGUACCUAAGUACCCUCUAUACCACAUGGCAGUGGCACUGUACAUGUAGCAACGUCCGAGCGCCCAACGGCCUUAAACCCCACCAUCCCACUAACUACCAGUCGUUCGCCGUUGCCAUCGACAUAAGGCAUAAGGCUGUUUAAUCUCCUUCCCAUAAAUUCAUACGCUCCUACACCUCAAACGACCAGUUUCCUACAACAACAACAAAACACAUUCACAAGCCAACUGACUCGCUCGGGGGGCGUUUACUAUUUAGCGACAAAAUUUCCUCAUACCUACGGCAAUACUACCGAGACCAUGGGAGCCAAAAUCCCUCGAAACUUCCGUCUCCUGGAGGAGCUAGAAAAGGGAGAAAAGGGUCUUGGAGCUGAGGCAUGCUCUUACGGGUUAGAUAACCCAGAAGAUCUCUUGAUGUCGGACUGGAAUGGCACGAUCUUGGGACCUCCUCACAGUGUACACGAGAACCGAAUUUACUCCGUCAAGAUGCACUGCGGUGACCAGUACCCCGAUACGCCGCCCACCAUCAAAUUUGUCAGCCAAGUCAACCUGCCAUGUGUCAACCAGAAGAACGGCGUGGUGGACCCAAGCCAAUUACCCUGCCUAGCCAGCUGGAAACGAGAGAACACUAUGGAAACAAUCUUAAUCGAGCUCCGAAGAUACAUGGCAUCAGGACAGUGCAAGAAGCUGCCCCAGCCACCUGAGGGCUCGGUAUAUCCUGGCAAUUAAACUAAUGGCACAGAAGACAGAACGAUCUUGAUGCAUGAGGAAUCAAAGAUGGUGGACAACCCGCGAUCUGAAUGACGACAUGCUGGUGUUUGGUAAAAAGGUGAACAUGAUCAUGAUAGUAUAUGGUAUAUGUUCUCCUUUGGCACACCUAUGCUAGGCCAACCCCUCGGCGUUGAAGGCUAUCUCUUACAUACAUACCAUAGCACAGCCAAAGUCAACACGCAAGCAGGUAGUGUUUGGGAAGGGACUAAGGGAAGCGGUAUCGAACUUUGGCAGCCCAUGGCCACUAACCGAUAGUCGAUAAAUGAAACACGACGAUUACCCCUCUACAUUGUGAAGUGUUGAUUUUCUAUAUUCUGUUCCCUGUCAUAGAACUACUGAUGGCUUGUAGACCAUGAAAUUAUUGAUCCAUGAUCCAUCUCAUGCAGUGAUCCAUCUACUAGGUACCUACGAAGUACCUAGGUAUCUAUUUAAGCAUAUUGAAAGAUGCACGUGAUCGCGCGUGGAGC